AUGGAAGUAGGAAACCACACAGAAGUAUCAGAAUUCCUCCUCAUGGGUCUCUCAGAGGAUCCUGAACUGCAGCCCUUCCUCUUUGGAGUGUUUCUCUCCAUGUACCUUGUCACCGUUCUUGGGAACCUGCUCAUCAUGCUGGCUGUCAGCUCUGACUCCCACCUCCACACCCCCAUGUACUUCUUCCUCUCCAAACUGUCCUUUGUUGACAUCUGCUUCACCUCCACCACCAUCCCGAACAUGCUGGUGAACAUCCAGACACAGAGCAAGGCCAUCUCCUACAAUGGAUGCCUCAUUCAAGUGUAUUUUUUUACAGUUUUUAUUGGAAUGGACAACUUCCUCCUGACCGUGAUGGCCUAUGACCGGUAUGUGGCCAUCUGCCACCCCCUGCACUACAUGGUCAUCAUGAAGCCACACCUGUGUGUCCUGCUGGUUCUGUUGUGUUGGUUCGUCAUGUCCUGGGUCUCCCUGGUUCAUAUCCUACUAAUGAGGAGGCUGACCUUUUGUGCAGGAACUGAAAUUCCACAUUUCUUCUGUGAACUGACCCAGAUUCUCAAGGUAGCCUGCUCAGACACCUUCAUCAAUAAUGUCUUCAUGUUUGUGUUUGUUGCCCUACUGGGUGUGAUUCCUGUCACUGGAAUUCUCUAUUCUUAUGCUCAGAUUGUCUCCUCAUUAAUGACAAUGUCCUCUGCAGGGGGGAAAUAUAAAGCAUUUUCUACCUGUGGGUCUCACCUCACUGUGGUCUCCUUGUUCUAUGGGACAGCACUAGGGGUCUAUCUCAGUUCUGCUGUGACUCAUUCUUCCCUGCAAAACUCAGUGGUCUCAGUGAUGUACACUGUGGUCACCCCCAUGCUGAACCCCUUCAUCUACAGCCUGAGGAACACGGAUAUGAAGGGGGCUCUGAGAAGGCUCCCAGAACUAGGUGUACAAUGUGUGUCCCAAAGGUAA